UUAGUUUCUAUUCUAAACAUUCAGGUCAUAUGUAUGUAUAUUACGGGACAUCUUAACAGUGUAUUCCCCGAGGAGCAUCGGAAAGAAAUUCUGCGUUACCUAUACUAUCAUCAGGUGCAUAUAGUUUUUAACAUUUAUUAGCACAAUUAUGACCAAAAUCUUUCCAUUUAUAUCUGCAACUGUAUAAAGAUUAAAGAAUCUAAUCUUUAGUGUAUAUUUCGGGUACUUCAGAAUGACGAUGGUGGCUGGGGACUACACAUCGAAGGUCACAGCACCAUGUUCAGCACAGCUCUUAGCUAUAUUUGUAUGCGUAUUCUCGAAGAAGGACCUGAUGAUGGGGGCCAAGACAAUGCUUGUCCAAGAGCUAAAAAGUGGAUUCUUGAUCAUGAUGGUGUCACACACAUGCCCUCUUGGGGAAAGACUUGGCUUUCGAUACUUGGUUUGUUUGAUUGGUCUGGAAGCAACCCUAUGCCCCCAGAGUUUUGGAUUCUUCCUUCAUUUCUUCCUAUGCAUCCAGUUGUGUAGAUACUUUUCACGAACAGAAAAGCAAACGUGAAAGAAGAAAAGAAAACAAAGCUUUGACUAUGGAAUUGUUGGCUGUGGCAUAUUCGUCCCUUGUAGCCAAAAUGGAGGAGAUUAUAUAUAGGUUGGUCAUGCUGGAAUUUUCAGCCACACAGAAGUAUUCUCUUGCAUCUAAUUAACUUACAAUGUGGAAGAGGCUGGUGAUCUGUAAGGCAGAAAUGAAGGAAUGUAUAGAUUUGAUAAUGGAAGAAUUAGAGAGUUUGUAAGAGUUAGUGAAAAAGUUUGUGAACCAGCUUUUAUGAUAUGUAAAACGAUAGCAUAUUCGGCAAACAUUAUAAGAUUGUGAUUACUACUCUUAUCGCCUAAACCCGCAGCAUCGCACGUACGUACUUUCUUGUAUGAUGUCUAGAUAUAAAGUUGAAAUCAGUUUUAACUAUAAAAACUGAUGUCUAGUAAUACAGAUACAUAAGUUCCAAAAUGAAAAUCGAUGUUACUGAAAUAUACAGACAUCGAUU